AUGAAUGGCAAACUCAAGGAUAUAGUAAAAGUUGAACUCCAAGGACUGGCUUCAGGUUCUUCACCAAACUCACCAACUGAAGAUGGAAGACCAAGUAGCAUGAUAGUUAAGAAAGCAAACACCAUGUUUCCUGCUCACUUGAUAGCAGAAGCCAUAUCCUCACUCAGAGGCCUUGAUCUGAGAUGGUCAGGUCCCAUCACACCAAGUGAGAUGCUCUAUGUUCAGCAAUACAUCUUCACAAAGUACCCAGAAUACUGCAAUGGAUUAGCAGAAGAUGUCGAAAAACUAGACAUCGAUAAUCUUUCGACCAACGAAGAAUCCUCAGGAACUCCACCCCAUGACAAUAAGCUCAAGUCACCCAAGAGUGUGACACCAAAAGAGUUGUCCCCAUUCAGCAGCACUCACUCAGACCUGGACAGGACACAAAUGGAACCUCUCAAGACUUCUCGACAUCCUCGUUCCAGGGUAACUUUGCAUCCAUUCCUGAGGUCCAAGCAAGGAAUUGAAGCAAUGUGGGUUGCAAGGGGAAGACUAUUUAGUCAUUUUCAUGUCAAAUUACAAAGAUGCGAUGGUGAUGAUUGGUGA